UUCGCUAAUGACGUCAGUCUCAGUCUUCAGUGCCCGUGCAAGGCACGGGAGCGCGCGCACUCGGGCAGCAACAGGAAAAAGAUCUUCGUUCACUGGUCGGUGCGACCACAACAAACAGGAAAAUGAUUGGAAUCUUUGUUUUGAGUGUUUCGUAAGAAUCACAAAACGAGAGGACUCUCGCCCCUCUUCCUCCACCUGCUCCUCCUCCUCCUCCCUCCGUCCUGGUCGGUGGCGUCUCGCCGACCACCACAGCUGCCGUCAUGUCGUGCCGUGACAUCCACGCCACCAACGCCUUCUCGUUCGUCAUCGCCCUGCUGUCCGUGGGCGGCCUGCUGGUGGCCACUGUGAUCCCCCAGUGGCGCACCACGCGCCUCGUCACCUUCAACCACAACGCCCGCAACAUCACUGUCUACGACGGCCUGUGGACCAAGUGCGUGCGGCGCGACGGCACCUCGGGCUGCUACCACUUCGACGGCAACUGGUGGGCCAAAGUGGACCAGCUGGACCUGCGGCUGCUGCAGUUCUGCCUCCCGAGCGGCCUGGCCCUGGCCACGCUGGCCCUGUUCCUCAUCCUGAUGGGCAUGUGCAAGACGGCCUGCUGCUCCAAGAAGCCCGACGACAUCAAGAACAGCCGCUGCCUGGUGAACAGCGUAGGCUGCCACCUGGUGGCCGGGAUGUUCCUGUUCCUGGGCGGUGGCGUGGCCAUGCCGCCGGCCGUCUGGUUCCUGUUCCACACGGACGACCUGAACCGCCGCUACGAGGACGUGUUCGCCGUGGACUUCGCCGUGUACGUGGCCAUCGGGAGCGCCGGCGGGCUGCUGCUGGCGGCGCUGCUCAUGUUCAUGUGGUACUGCAUGUGCAAGAAGCUGCCCUCGCCCUUCUGGCUGCCCUUCCCCGAGCCGCCCGUCAUGCCAACCAGCCUAUCCGCGCAGCCGCUCACCGCCAAUGGCAUGCCCCCCUCCCCGGGCGCUUUUGGCCCCCAGCACUAUCUGCCUCCGGGCAUGGAUGCCCCCACCUUCAUAACUGCCCCGGGGUACCCUGCCAGUGUCACUGGCCAGCAUAUCCCCCAACAGGUCUACCUGGCACAGAUGCCGGGCCAUGACGGGUAUGGGUCUGAAGUUGGAGGGACCCAGGCCUAUGGCUAUGCCCCAUCUCAAGGUUAUGCCCCCUCUCAAGGUUAUGCCCCAUCUCAAGGUUAUGCCCCAUCUCAAGGUUAUGCCCCCUCUCAAGGUUACGCCCCCUCACAAGGUUACGCCCCUUCACAGAGUUACGCCCCCUCGCAAGGCUAUGGGGGGUCUCAAAGAUACGCCACUCAGCGUUACUCCCAACGCUCACGCCUCUCUGGUAUCGAGAUUGACAUUCCUGUCCUCACGGAGUGACGCUAAAAGAGUUUUAAUGUGUUUAAUUCAAUUUCAGUUCUAUCUGUUUUGUUUGUUUUAAAUGCCUGACCAAACAAGCUUUGCUCUUGGUAGUUUUGCUCAGGCGGUGCCAUGCCAGUUAUAUUGAAAGACUGUAGGGACAGUCCUGUUGUAUUUUGUUUGUUUUUCAUUUUGUUCUUGUAGAAAACUCUACACUCUAGCUCUAAGUGUAGCUGAAGGAAAUUGUGAAGAAAUUUUAUCUUGAAGGGAUCUCCAGUCUGUGAAUUGUAAAUAGUAAAAAUUUGAGACACAAAAGCAAACAAACAAACAAAAAAAAAACAACGUUUGUGGUAUUUCUACUGAUCGAUGCUUGCACUUCACCUAACUGCAUUUUGCCAUUACUAGUGUUUUUCUUUAGAAACAGCUGGCUGUUAGAACAGGAGAACUCAUGUGUACUAUUCUAUUGUACUCUAUUCCCUUGCCUGCCUUAGAGCAUCAUUUAGUUUAAACACACGGAGGACACUACAUCCAUUCAUGUUGUACAGUGUCAACCGACCACUGUUGGCUGCGAACGAACAAACCUGGAGGUUCUUCUCUGAGGGGAAUGAUCAUUUGUUGUACAAGUGCCACUGUUUCUAAUCCACUGUUACCUCCUCUCCCUGUGCAGUCUUAACAAACCACCUUUCAGGGAAGCUUCAAAGAAGCUAUAGCCUUUACAGAAUUAUUUAAUAGCUCUGCUACAGAUUGUGGUUUUUGUUGUCCGUCUCUUUUUUUAUUAUGUUUUAAAAAUCAUAUCUGUUGAUGUUGCAUGUGGUGGGCUAAGCCACUUAGUAUAAGGAACAAAAUGUCUUGCUCUAGUUUAUGAGGCCACUUAGAAAGCCCUUAGCUGUUCGAUAACGACACCAUUUUACUCACUUCAGUGCCGGCAUUCUCCGUGACUUAGCUUUUAGCGUCCGACUACACUUACCGCAGUGUGAGUCAUUUUCUGUUAAUGGUCGUGUCACCAUGACCUGGACCUUCACUGUCAUUCCAGCUCCACUUGGGUGAUUACAAUGUUUCAGUCAUCCUAAGAACACUAACUCCAGGGUGGGGUAGUCCUGUGAUGCAGCGUAUCAGUUUCAGCAGUAUGCCAUUUGUUGGUUACAUUGAAAUAAUGUAAUAAUACCCAGACAUUGUUUUAAUCUGCCACAGAAGCUCAACAUUGAUCACCUGUCUACGUCAAGGCUUAAAUGUCAUUUUAAUGUUUUUUAAAUUUGAAGAACUUUUACAUGUGCUGUUUUGUCUUUAUAGAAUUUUGACUAACCUCAAUUCACUACACUACACUGUGUCUUUCUUGACGUGACUGUUAACUUGCACAUUGUAAUCUGACACGUAAUGAAUCAUGAGUAACUCAUAGAAAUGGUCUGAAGCUGCCUCUGUUUAGUUCUGGAAUGUUAAAUUGCAUUUGAACUGCACUGGAUUUUUAUAAUUCAUUUUGUUUACAUUGUAGGGUGGAGUCUUUAAGAUAGCAAUGUUAAGACAUUACGCAUUGUACUAACUUCCUGUGAGUAAUUCUUGUUAUUUCACACAACUCCUUGCUUGCUGAGAUCAGUGUGUUAAUUGACAUACCCAAACAAUGGGCAUAGACAGACACUUAGGUACGGCAAGCCGAGGAGUCACUGUGACAGUAGCACCUGCUGAAUGAUAUGAAAUGCUAAUCCAGUCCUUGGUGGAUCACUAAUGAGUACGCCCUAAUUUCACUGCUGAUGUCUCCGAUGGCUGCAUCCUAAUUUAGUGUUUAGUGCACUGCUAAUUAUGUCUCAUAUUGAUGCAGCUUCAUUUACUGUUAACCAUUCAGAGAGCUGGUAGUGGCUGGAAGCGAGUCGCCUCUCUGAGAGACUGGAGAGGCUGUGAGUGUUGUGAGUGAGCGUGUCAGCCUCUGAGAGGUCGAAAACCUGCAGCAUUAGCAUUAGCAUUCCUGUGUGAGGCGCUGAAUGAGGGAGGCAGGGAGCCUGUGCACGGUCACACAGCACGGUCACACAGCACCGUCACACAGCACUGACACACAGGCUAGGCGGUGUUCAGUUCACUCAAGUGUCCAAAUCUAGACGUGUCCCUCAGUGAUGGUAAUUUGUUUUCAUUUAGGGGCCUCUGAGGCAAAGACCUCUCCUUGUGUUAACAGUGUUUCAGCUAUUAAGCCUACACAGUCCUGUCAACAUUAGAUUCUAGUUGAAACACGUGCAGUGGAAUCCAUCUCAUUAAAAUCUUAUGCAUGUUUUACUCCAGAUAUGUAUGAGAAUUGUGACUUAAUUGUGUUUAAUUAACUUUUUUUUUUUUACCUUGUAUGUAAGUCUGUUACAAAUUGUAUUAGCUCUAUGUGCCAUUGCACUGCUGUCUACUUUACAUGUUUGGAUCAUGAACACAAAACCUCUCCCUGCAAGUCUUUUACUCACCCUUUUCUUAACUCAACCGUUCCUCUGAUAGUUUGUUCUGUUGUACGUGUACCUUUGACGUUACAUGGUUUUCUAUCUGUAAGAUGCCAAUAUUCACAAUGGCCUUAUUUCUAAUAAAUAAAUCACUAAAUUACUGUAAGUAAA